AUACAAAAUUGGACUUUUUCUACAUAUUACUUUUGAUAAUAAAUAUUGUGUUUUAGCAUCUAACUCGUUCUUCACUUGUCCAACAAUUAUGUCUUUUACAAAGAUUUUAUUUGAAUGAAUUAUAUACAGAUUCACUGAAUACAUCACCAGAUCGAUCUGAUACAAAAUAUCGUGAUAUGAUUUGGGAACUGCGACGAAAUGCAUUUGAUACAGAUUUAUUAUUAUCUGAUCAAAGUUGUCAAGAUUUAAGUUUUCGAGUAUCAUCAGUAAAUAUAAAUGAUAUUAUUCCAAUAUCAACAAUAAACCCUCGUCGAGUUGAAGCAUUACAACAUGAUUAUGAACGACUUGGAUUUCAAAAUUUACCAGAACCAAUAAAAGAUUUUCAAAUAAUUCCAUCCGGUUUUUUAUCAUUACAAAAUUUAUUCUAUUUUUGUAUUCAUCAAACAAAUGACAUUAUUUGA